GACCACGUGGUCGCGACGAUCGCCCAUAUGCCUGCUCCUAGUGCCAGCUCCAGAUACUCUACGUACGCGAGGAAAGCUGUCAAGUGCUCGAUAAUCGCGAUAGUAUUUUGUAAGUCAGCUGACGCCGUGAAGAUGCAUUUGUCCGCUGUUCGCAAACUGUAACGCGAAUCGCUUGUAAUCGCGCGAAGAUUGCAGCAUCGCCUUCAUCGAGGGAAAGGAAGCGCACGUUCCCUCUUCGUAAUCUACGAACCGAGUUGAGUGUGCGAAAGAUUUGUGUACCCUUGAGAGCAGAGGAAACCACGAUGCCGCUCAGUGCAGAUAUAUCUACAGCGCUCCGCUUGCUGGAGACUGUGCAGGAACGUGUGGAGACCUGCGACGACCCCAAGCUGCAAAUGCACACGACUCAGGAUUUGAAGUCGUUGAUUUCGCUGCUGGAGGAUCCGGUGUUCCGCAGCAUAGUCACGCUUCAGGAUUCCCUGAUCGAACUGAAUGCUCACCUGACACAACACCCGUCUACCCUGCCUGGCGACUUUGACAUUAGCGUGAGCGGGAAGCUGGAGUUUUCCCCUCCGAGUCCGCCAGUGCAGCCGCUCGAAUUAAAUAUGUAUCAGGAUCUGUAUCAGGAUAGCAGCGAGCUGGAAGACCAAAGAGUCCCCGUUGCUCCGUUACUGCACAGCAGCAGCGAGGACACGAGCGCACAGGUUACUAGUCCCAGUCUUGUUUCGGAAGUUAUGGGAAUGCCGCCUAUAACCACUCCUACUUACGCGAAAGAAUUUAAAAAAGUUAUUGAGGCCGCAGCGAAAGGACGACAAGUAUUCACAGUGCAGUUGUACAAGCCGGAAGGAACCAGCUUGGGAUUUAGUGUGGUUGGACUUCGAGACAAGGAUAAAGGCGAGCUUGGCAUAUUCUUGCAAGAGAUACAACCGAAAGGUAUCGCCGGCAGCGACGGCCGACUGCUAGAGGGAGAUCAAAUAUUGGCGAUCGAUGGGCAGCCUUUAGACUCGAACAUCUCCCACGAGCAGGCGAUCUCGAUUCUUCAGAAGGCCCGUGGUCUGGUUGAGCUAGUCGUAGCAAGAAGCGCCCAAGACGUUGGGAGCUCUUUGCCAACGGAUGAAUUGUCCGGUGGUUCGAGUUCGACAGCGGCCGCAGGAGCAGCGUCGUCCAUCGUCGGCGGCGGCGGUGCCGCUGCUGGGAAUAACCAGACAAGCUCCGACAGGGAUCAAUCGGUGUCAGCGUCGUCCACCGUCGUUACAUCGGCGCCGACCCCGAAGUCAAGCCAACCGGCCAGCACCGCUUCGGCGGCGACCCCGACGCCUACGCACACGCCAACACCUACGCCGACCUCGACACCGGUGCCCGGAGGCCUCGUUAUCGAAAGGAGCCCCUCCGCCGUCAGCGACGCCUCCAAGAGUGGCUCUGACAUGGUGUUGAAUACGGAAUGGGCUCAAGUUGAAGUGAUAAAUCUUAUCAACGAUGGCAGCGGUCUUGGAUUCGGCAUCAUCGGCGGGCGCAGCACCGGCGUCGUCGUCAAAACCAUUCUUCCGGGAGGCGUUGCCGAUCGCGAUAAUCGACUCCAGAGCGGGGACCACAUAUUGCAGAUCGGCGAUGUCAAUCUGCGUGGGAUGGGAAGCGAGCAGGUCGCCGCGGUUUUACGGCAAUCGGGCACCCACGUGCGACUGGUCGUCGCGCGACCUGUGGAGCCAACUUCGCCGGAUUACCAGGCGCUCGGGAGUCACGCCCCGAUCGUGCCCACGAAGAUCCUGGGGGAUCCGGACGAGCUGGACCGGCAUCUGGUGCACAGCAUGCCGGAGAGCUACAGGCAGGGCGGCGACACGGGCUACGACAACGGCUACAUGUACUCGCAGGAGUCCGACAUUGAAAUGCACGCGAGACCCGGUCUCAUCAUGGACGUGGUACGCAACCCAAUGCCAAUUGGCGCGGUGCCAGUUAUACCGGCGGUGCCACUUCCGGUGCAGCUCCAGGAUCUGCCGGUGCUCACUAUGGAGCCCCUCGAUAUCAAUUCACUGCCAGAAAUGGAGCGCUUCACCGUCGAGCUCACGAAGGACAUUUACGGCCUCGGUAUCACUAUCGCCGGAUACGUUUGCGAAAAAGAGGAGCUCUCCGGCAUUUUCGUCAAAAGCAUCAGCGAGGGCAGCGCGGCCGACCUGAGCAACAAGAUCCAGAUAAACGAUCGCAUAGUGGAGGUGGACGGGCACUCGCUGCAGGGCUACACGAAUCACGAGGCCGUGGAGGUGCUGAGACGAACCGGGCAGACGGUGUCGCUCUGCUUGGAGCGAUACCUACGUGGACCAAAGUUCGAGCAGCUGCAGCAAGCGAUCGCCGCGAGCGAGCUGAGACCCCAGCCGAGCUCGCCGUCAAUAACGAGCCUACCGAGUUUUCCCAUGAGCGCGGACGGAGAGACCACUACCGAAAUAGAGCCGGAGGGCGAGUCCCACACCACCGUGGACAGCGCGAUUCUGCAGGAAGGAGAGCGUCUGAGAUCGUCGGACGAGCUGGACGAGGCGACCAAUGUGGAGGCGCUGUUGAGCGACCCGUCGAGCGAGCUCACGCCUCAAAUACGCGCGGCGAUCAAAGCGAAGUGGCAGAAGAUCGUCGGACCCGACACCGAAAUAGUGGUCGCCCAGUUGAAGAAAUUCGCCGAAGGCAGCGGCCUCGGCAUCAGUUUGGAAGGCACAGUCGACGUGGAGAACGGCCAGGAAGUUAGGCCUCACCACUACAUACGUUCGAUCCUGCCGGAGGGCCCGGUCGGACAAAAUGGCACGCUGCGCUCCGGCGACGAGCUGCUAGAGGUAAACGGCUAUCGCUUGUUGGGCAUCAAUCACAUGGAAGUGGUUAGCGUGUUGAAAGAGCUACCUAUACACGUGCGCAUGGUUUGCGGGAGAAACAUCGCCUCGCAGGAUCCGCUUUGUCCCAUCGACACCGCUCAACAUCAGGCCGCCUUCCAGACCAGAAGCAUCCUCGGCGGGUCCUUGCAGAACCUGCUGCCGACGAUGGAUCGCCUCGUGAAGGCAAAGUCGGACGGCUCGUUGGCCUCGACGACCACCACGGCCACUGUGACCGACGCGAGUCUGAACAAGAUGAAGUCGCGCUCGCUGGAACCGCUGACCGGUCUGGCGAUGUGGAGCUCCGAGCCGCAAAUUAUCGAACUGGUUAAAGGAGAGAGGGGCCUUGGGUUCUCCAUUUUGGAUUAUCAGGAUCCAAUGAACCCCAACGAAACUGUGAUAGUAAUACGAUCGCUCGUGCCCGGUGGAGUAGCGCAGGUCGACGGGCAGCUAAUACCGGGCGAUCGGCUUCUGUUUGUGAACGACAUCGCAUUAGAGAACGCGACACUGGACCAGGCCGUGCAGGCCCUCAAAGGCGCCCCGAAGGGCACCGUUCGCAUCGGCGUGGCGAAGCCGCUGCCGAUACCAGACAGUAUUGUCCAGAAGGUGACACCGAAGAUUAAGCGGAGCAAAAGUUUCCCCAAUGAGAGCGAGACGAGCGAUCGCGUGGCCGAGCUUGAAGACUUACUUUCUUCGAGAUCAGGCCUGACCGAGGCGUCGACGAACAAGCCGGAGAUCGAUGAAGACGAGGAGGAGGAGGGCGAGGACCACUGGAAGGACGCUUCCCCGAUAACGCCGAUCUGCAGUCCGGCGCGGCGACCGCCGAAAUUCCAUCAUCGGGACAAACAAUCGCCGACCAGGUACGUCGACGUGGACAACGACGUCGAGAUCAUUCACGAAUUCUAUCCGACCACGUCGAAGACGAUGCUCGAGGAAACGAGCAUCGUGUCGUACGGCGGCACGAUAAUCGUGGAGACGACGAGAAUACCGAGGCACACGAAGGACGCGGCGGCGAGGACGGAGAAGGCGACGCCGAAGGUGAAGUUAAAGAAGCAAUCGUCGCUGGAGCAGGAACGCGCGCCGCCCGUCGAGGAGGAGCCGUCCACCGGCGUGCGGGAGGAAGCGUCCAAGGUCGCGGACCAAGAGCGCGCGAAGAGCCUGAAGCGCCACAGCAGCGCGGAAUCCGAAGGACGAACGUCCACGUCGAGGGACACGCUGGAGAAGUCGGACACGUCGUCGGAGAAGGGCGCGAAGAAGAAGGUGUUCGCGGAGAAGGAAGACGGCAAGAGACGAUCGAAGAGGUCAUCGGGAAGGAGAUCAUCCGUGAAGGCCGAGCGACGGGCGGAGGAGGACCCGUCGAGGCGGAAAGCACCGGAAGACGAGGAGCCGUCCAGGCGGAAGGACGACGAGACGUACCGGCGCUCGCGCGAGGAGAGGAAGAGCCUGAAGGAGCAGGAGUGUAUCGAGAGAGUGACGGAGUUCCUGACCAGGCACAGCGCCUCGUUGUACCCGGAAAUGAGCGCGGGCCUCGAAGCGGCGGAGCCGUCCGAGAUGGCGGACGAGCAGUCCGAGCAGCGCGCUAAACGUCCGUCGAUCGGCAAGGAGGAAGAGAUCGCGGGCCCGUCAGCAACGCCCGACACGUCCGUCGCGCCCGCGAGGAGAAGAGAGAGCCUGAAGAGCGUGCCCGAGGUGGCGGAAGAAACGAGGGACUCGCCGGGCGACUCGAAAGUGGCCGCGAAGGACGCCCGGAAGCCGCCCGAGAGUAGGAAACGGCCAACGUUGGAACGAGCGCCGGCAGCCGUUUCAGACGUUCAGCAAUUCGAAGCGACGGUUCAAGAGCCGCCGAAGCGACCCAGCUCGUUGAGGAAAAGGAGGGACUCCUUCUCGCGAGAGUCCUCGAGGGAAUCGCUGCUGGAAGAGAAGAAGGGCGUCAGGAUACAAGAGGACGUUCAGGAGAUUUUCUUCGAGGAUACGAGCGAGCAGGUGACCGAUCUGUUGCCGGAAGUCCAGCUGGUGACGGCCAGGAUCAUCACGGCGGAGGAAGCGUCCGCGGUCCGCUUCGAAGAGGCGAUUGCCAGAAUCGCGAUCCACUCGCCGCCGGAAGUGGUCGCCGGCCCGGAGACGGUUAGGGCGAAACUGAUGCGGGCGCCGUCGCCGGAAGUCGUCGACGUCACCUCGCUGCAGUUGCCCGCCUUGGCGAAAUCGACCUCCGACAGCACUCUGUCGGAGGAUAAGCCGUGCUCCGCCGAAGACCGCAGGGUCUCUGUGAGAAACUUGAAGCCGGAGAUUCUUCUGGAUCUGUCAAAGGUCUCCGAUAACGGCGGCGAGGUCGGGGAAGAGACGGUGGAGGGCGAAGUCAAGGAGCGGCGGCUUAGUAGAACCGGAAGCGAGGGCUCGAAGAGACUGAGCAAGGGCCAGAAGCAGGAACAAUUUCCUUUCAAAGUCGGAAGUCUCGCGCAGCCGGAUAAACCGGAGCUCACGGUCCUUCAUGAAGGUUUAACGGAGAGAGCGGGGAGUGUCGGGGAUGUUUCGUGGAGGUCAGCGGCGGAAGACACGAAGCAGGACGACAGCGUAAUUUACAGCUUUCCAAUUCGACGCGAGUCCAGGGAAUCCAUCCACGUUCUAAAGGACCUCGCGAUCCCGCCGAACGAAUUCGGCGAGCGCGUGACUCCGGCGCGCGAUCUUCGAGGCGAGGAAUUAAAGGAGGACGCGAGGGAGAUUGAAGAUUAUGGACAGACCGCCUCUACGCGGGCGAAGCUAUCGUUGGAAGGCGUGAUCUGCAAACACGAGGACGACAAUCUGAUCUGCAAGGAGCACGCUUUGGAAUAUCAGAGCCAGACGCUCGAGAGCCAGUCGGAGCAGCGGUAUCGCGAGGCGAUCGCCUUGUCGCUCGAAGACCUACUGACGACGAGACCCGCGCGGGAGAUCGUCCGAUCGAAAAGCUGGAGCCGCGACGUCUGCGAGGAGCGCCUCGACAGCGAGAAGGAAUACUCGACGCAGUACUCGCAGUACUCGCCGAAGGAGAAGCGCGACGUGCAAACGCAGACGGUUCACGAGUCGAAGAGCACGCAGUGCAGCCCGGAGCAGAGCGUGAGCCCCGGCGACGAGGAGCCGCCCAGCAUCAGCCCGUUCCACAUCGGCCGGAAGUACUUCCAGAGCCCGCGGCGGGAAGUGCAGACGCAGACGCAGGGCGAGAGCAAGAGUGUCCAGUGCUCGCUCGACGAUCUCGGCGAUCUCGACUUCACGUUCUCGGAGUCCGAGCAGCAGGAGUCGAAGAGCGUGCAGUGCAUCCCGGAGGACAUCUCCGCGCGAUCCUCGUCCGACCGAUCGAGGUCCUCGUCGCGCGAGGACACCCUGCGCAGUCCGCGGCGCGAGGUCGAGGUGCAGACUUAUCAGGAAUCGAAGGCAAUCCAGUGCAGCGACGACGAGCUGCUCGACGAGGCCGACCGCGCGGUGGUGCAUCAGAGCAGGCCGGCCAGCUCGACGUCCAGGAAGACCGGAAGCGCGCCCUCGUCAGCCUCGAGCUCGCCGCGCAAGUAUCCGACGGUGGUCUUCGUGGAGGGCAGGGGGGACAUGACCGUCACGCACAGGGAGCACGAUGGUGACGUCACCUGGUCGAAGCACUGGGGCCCCGAGAGACUGGUGGAGAUUUACAGAGAGCCCAAGACCAGCCUAGGACUCAGCAUCGUCGGCGGAAAGGUCGAUCUGCACAACACCGGCGCCAGCAGGAGCCAGAAUAUCUCCGGGAUAUUCAUAAAGAAUGUUCUGCCGAACAGUCCGGCCGGCAAGACCGGCGGUCUUAAGAUUGGAGAUAGAAUAAUUGAGGUGGACGGCGUGGACCUGCGGCACAGUACGCACGAGCGUGCAGUGGAAGUUAUCCAGGCUGCCGGAAAUCCUGUCCGCCUCCUCGUCCAGUCUCUGGCGCAUUUGAGCCCGGAGCACGGCAGCGCCGUCCAAGAGGAGAGAGAUACGAAAGCCCGCAGGCAGACUGUCAAGAGUCAUACGUCACCGUCUUCCGGCAUCAGUCCUGCUACGCCAACGGCCUCCUUUCGCCAUAAACCACCGCCGGUUUCGCCAGCGAGGUCCAUCACGCCGGAAGUGAUACAGCCAGGACUCCAGGACGGCGACGCUCAAAGCAUCUUGCGCGGCGAGUCGCAACGACAGAGUGCGAAAAGUUCGAAUGGCUCAGCUUCCGGUUCGCGAAGAUCCUCCAUGAAGAAGUCAAUUCGACGAACAGCCCCUUCGCCUCCCGCGAAUCCGGGCAUCCUGCGCGAAGUCAGCGAGGAACGGGAGGAUCAUGCCGCCGUUGCCGCCACCGCCGCCGCCGCGGAACCCGCCGCGAAGCCCAAGUAUUCCUCGGACGAGAGCUCGGACGAGGACGAGGAGGAUACUCGGAUGUUGGAGGGCAACGUCUACACGAAGGAUGGUGUCGAGAUUUCGAGAAAAAGCGCCGGGAACCUGAAACGCACGAAGGCCGAAAUCGAAGCGGAUCCGGAAGAGGAGGAUGAGUUCGGCUACACGAAUAUGAAGAUCCAAAAAAGGUAUCAGAACCUCGGACAUAAAGUGGUUAUGGUGACCCUCGAGAGGGACAGAUACGGACUGGGCAUCUCCCUGGCAGGACAUAAGGACAGAAACCGAAUGGCGGUGUUCAUCUGCGGCCUCAAUCCGAAGGGUGCAGCUCAUAAACAAGGCGGGCUCCUUAUCGGCGACGAGAUAUUGGAAGUGAACGGUUGCGUGUUGCAAGGACGAUGUCAUUUGAACGCCUCCGCUCUCAUCAAAGGCAUGGCCGGCACUUGCUUCAAGAUCGUCGUUUAUCGAAGAUCGAAGGCUGUCGACGACAUCGCUGUAAAGCCGAUAGUUCAAUUUCCAGCGACCUUGGAUGACUCCCUCACGGAUUUCGAGAAGUACAAGGGUAGACGCACCGUGAGGGUGAAAAAGGGUAAUUGGGGCCUAGGUAUUAUGAUCAUUGAAGGGAAACACCUGACCGUAGGGCGAGGUAUCUUUGUGUCUGACAUUCAAGAGGGCAGCGCCGCGGAUCUGGCUGGAUUGCUAGUGGGCGACAUGAUUCUGGCUGUCAACAAGGACUGUUUGAUAAACCAAACGUAUCAAAAGGCGACAGAUUUAUUGAAGAAAGCGGAGGGCGUUGUCGAGCUGACGGUGUGCAAUCCUAACGUGGAUGCGGAAGAAGAAGAAAAGAAAAAGCACAAAGAGGAAGGCUCUAAGGCUCUUGGAUUAGAUGCGCAGAAGACGCCGCAAAAGGGUACGCCGGCGAAACCGGCAAAAACACCAGAACCCGAAGUGCCGCACGAUCCGAAGACCUGCGAGAUACCGAUCGACAAGGAGGUGACGAUAGAGCUUGAGGCAGACAAGGAUUGCACGUCGCUAGGUAUCGAGCUGAGUGGUGGUUCGGGCACGCCCAUGGAAGGAAUAUUUAUUCUGGAUAUUUACGCAAACCGCGUGGUCGCGAACGACCGUCGUCUGAAAGUUGGCGAUCAGAUUCUCGCUGUAGGCAGCGAGAAUUUCAGGCAGAUAGAGCUCUCGAAAGCAAAGGAAAUAAUUAUGAAGCAAGGUCGUACAAAUACCUCAAUGACGGUGUUGCGCCACGAGAAACCCGAGGAAUACGAAGUCGAAAUACACAAAAAGUCCGGCAAAGGAGCCGGUAUCUGUUUCAGGGCGUUUUCCCACACGGGAGUUUACGUGAGCGAAUUGACCCCGGGCGGUCAGGCCGCGGAGACCCGCAAGAUGUGCCUGGGCGACCACCUUCUGACGCUCAACGGAAUGGACGUUCGCGAGGUUAACAUCGACGACAUCGCCUUUAAUAUAAAGCUAUUGGACCCGCUAAAACUGAAGCUAGCUAGAUACACAUCCGCCAAGAAAUGACAGGAUUUUGCGGGUGGAACUCUCGCACGUCUCGAUGUACGAAGAAGCGUCUACAGAUACCACGGAUUCUAGUGUGAUACAUAAGUGAAACAAAGUUUUAAUAACUAUAAGUACCUUCGUUACAAGAGCUGUGUGUAAAAUAGCGCGGUUCGCUGCAUUAACUACACGUCUCAGCGUUGUCAAUCGAUCUUGCCGUUCGAACUUGCAGACUCGCGUGCAGCACGAAGAGUAAGAAAGACAGAGAGAAGUAGAACGAUAAAGAUAAAAGGCGAUAAAGAAGCGGCGUCUCACGGAACGGCACGGCGAUUUCGUGAAACCGGCGGUGAGAAGCGAUAGCUUUAAGGGACAACUUGGGGGUCGAAAUCAAUCGUUUUGCCGAUUGCCAAGUAGCCGAUUCUGUCGAUGGAAAUUCAGUCGACGCGAGUUUGCGAACGAUUCCGUCUGCCGAUGCGUCGCGCCCGUGCGAGUAGCCGAUACACAGCGUCCACACACGUACUAUCGCAAAUAUGUAGCGAGCCAACGCCGUGAUAGCGUCGUUAAUAUCACCGAUUAACAACGACGAGCGUUCCCGUCUCGUUCGGCGUACCGUAGGACAAAUAAAUCGAUAAUAAUCGGCGAGCCUACAUCCGCGACACGUAGGCUCGCGACGAUCGAAAGGAAAGGAAAAAAAAAAAAAAAAAAAA